AUGACUGCAUUUGGAAAAUACUACACCAUUGUUAUUCUUGGAGCCAGUGGUGACUUGGCUGCCAAAAAGACUUUCCCAGCAUUAUACGGAUUGUACAGAGAAAAACAAUUGAGCCGCGACUGUCAGAUUAUUGGAUACGCUAGAUCAGACCUUAGUCCAGAGAAAUUCCACGACAAGAUCUCUCAACACCUCAAGGGUGGAGACGACGAGACCAAAAAGGGAUUCUUGAAGCUUUGUACUUAUGUCAGAGGCCAAUACGACACCGACGAAGGCUACCAGAAAUUAGAAAAGAGAUGCACAGACUAUGAAAGUCAACACUCUGAUGAAAGACCAGAAAGAUUAUUCUACUUGGCCUUGCCUCCCUCCCAGUUCACCGAGGUAUGUGAACACAUCAAAAAGAAUGUCUACCCAAAGAAGGACAAUGGUAUCAUUAGAGUGGUUAUCGAAAAACCAUUUGGCCACGAUUUGAAAAGUGCUAGAGAAUUGCAAAACUCCAUUGCUCCCUUGUUUAGCGAAGAGGAAAUUUACAGAAUUGACCACUACUUGGGUAAGGAAAUGGUGAAAAACUUGCUUGUAUUGAGAUUUGGUAACGAAUUGUUUAGCGGCGUUUGGAACAAGAGCCACAUUGCCCUGAUCCAAGUCAGCUUUAAAGAACCAUUUGGAACCGAGGGAAGAGGCGGCUACUUUGACACCAUUGGUAUCAUUAGAGACGUUAUGCAAAACCACUUGUUGCAAAUCUUGACUUUGUUAACCAUGGACAGACCCGUCUCUUUUGAUCCUGAAGCAGUAAGAGACGAGAAAGUGAAGGUAUUGAAGGCAUUUGACACUAUUGACGCCAAUGACGUGCUCGUGGGACAAUACGACAAAUCAGAAGACGGCAAGAAACCAUCAUACUUGGAUGACGAAACCGUGGCCAAGGACUCAAAAUGUAUUACUUAUUGUGCAAUGGGUAUCAAGAUCCACAAUGAGAGAUGGGACGGCGUGCCAAUGGUUUUGCGUGCUGGUAAGGCCUUGGAUGAGGGUAAAGUGGAAAUCAGAAUCCAAUUCAAACCUGUUGCUAGAGGCAUGUUCAAAGAUAUCCACAGAAACGAAUUGGUUAUCAGAGUUCAACCAGACGAAGCCAUCUACUUGAAGAUCAACUCCAAGAUCCCAGGUGUCUCAACAGAAACAUCAUUGACAGACUUGGACUUGACAUAUUCAAAACGAUACUCCAAGGAUUUCUGGAUCCCAGAAGCCUACGAGUCCUUGUUGAGAGAUGUCUUGCAUGGCAACCACGCCAACUUUGUAAGAGACGACGAGUUGGAUGUAUCCUGGAAAUUGUUCACGCCGUUCUUGGAGGCACUUGAAAAUGAUCCAAACUUGAACUUGGAGAAGUACCCAUACGGAUCUAAAGGACCAAAGGGGUUGAGAGAUUUCUUGACAAAGCACGGUUACGUCUUUAACGAACCAGGUAGUUACCAAUGGCCAUUGACUGAGCCAGAUGUCAAGGGAAAGAUUUAG